AUGCAGCCACCAGUUUCAAUGUGGGUAGCAGCGUGCACCAGCCUCCAGCCUCAAAGAGGGCAGCAGCAGGAACCAGCUUCCAGCCUCAAAGUGGGCAGCAGCGGGCUCCAGCCUCAUUGUGGGCUGCAGCGGACAGCAGUGGGAACCAGCCUCCAGCCUCAAAGAGGGCAGCAGCGGGAACCAGCCUCCAGCCUCAAAGAGGGCAGCAGCGGGCAGCAGCCUCCCGCCGCAAUGUGGGCAGCAACGGGCACCAGCCUUCUGCCUCAAUGUGGGCAGCAACGGGCACCAACCUUCUGCCUCAAAGUGGGCAUCAGUGAGCACCAGCAUCAAAAUGCGCAGCAGCCGGCACCAGUCGCCACCCUCAAAGUGGGCAGCAGCCUCCAGCCUCAAAGUGCCUCAAAGUGGGCACCAGUCUCCUGCCUCAAAGUGGGCAGCAGCAGGCACCAGUCUCCUGCCUCAAAGUGGGCAGCAGCGGGCACCAGCCACCAGCCUCAAAGAGGGCAGCAGCGCAAACCAGCAUUUAGGCUCAAAGUGGGCAGCAGAGUGCACCAGCCUCCAGCCUCAAUGUGGGCAAAAGCGGGCACCAAACUCCUGCCUCAAAAUGGGCAGCAGCGGGCACCAGCCUCCUGGCUGAAAGUGGGCAGCAGCGGGCACCAUCCUCCAGCCUCAAAGUGGGCAGCAGCCUCCUGCCUCAAAGUGGGCAGCAGCGGGCACCAGCCUCACUGUGGGAAGCAGCGUUCACCAGCCUUUAGCCUCAAUGUGGGCAGCAGGGGGUACCAGCCUCCUGCCUCAAAAUGGGCUGCUGCGGGCAAGAGCCUCAAAGUGGGUAGCAGCGGGCACCAGCCUCACUGUGGUCAGCAGCAGGCACUAUGCAGCCUCCAGCCUCAAUGUGAGGCAACAGCGGGCACCAGCCUCCAGCCUCAAACAGCAGGCACCGCCUCCAGCCUCAAUGUGGGCAGCAGCGGUCACCAGCCUCCAGCCUCAAAGUGGGCAGCAGCGGGCACCCGCCUCAAGCCUCAAUAUGGGCAGCAGCAGGCACCAGCCACCAGCCUCAAUGUGGGCCGCAGCGGGCACCUGACUCAAAGUGAGCAGCACCGGGCACCAGCCUCCUGCCUCAAAGUGGGCAUAAGUGAGCACCAGCUUCAAAGUGGGCAGCAGCCGGCACCAGUCUCCAACAUCAAACUCUGCAGCAGCGGGCAGCAGCCUCCAGCCUCAAAGUGGGGAGCAGCGGGCACCAGCCUCAAAUUGGGUGGCAGCGGGCACCAGCCUCACUGUGGGCAGCAGCAGGCACCAGCCUCCAGCCUCACUCUGGGCAGCAGUGGGCACCAGCCUCCAGCCUCAAUGUAG